AGAGUCUAUCCGGCAGAGCGGAUGGCCGGAUGCUCGCGUCUGAUUGGCUGCGCGUAGCGUUCCACAGCCCCACUGAUUGGCCUCUGUCGCGCUGGAAGGAUGCUGGCCAAAGGCAUGAAGCGGAAGCGAAGCGAGGAUGACGGUGAUCCCUCCCUGGCCGCACCCUCCAGCUCUCUCCUCAGCCUCUCUGUCUCCAAGCUGCACCAGAGUCUUCAGCGUGUCGAUCCCAACCUCCGGCACCUGGUGCUGGUGACCAACACGCUCCGACGCCUGCAGGACGAGAUGCAGCUGGGCACAGCCCCCGUGCCCCAGCCUGCCCUGGGCUGGGACGGCGCUCCGGCUGAUGGCGGGUCGGCCGCUGGGCCCCAGGCGCCGGACCCCCUGGCCUGCACCCUCCAGGAUGCCUGCAGGAGGCUGCCGGUACCGCCCCUCAGUGCCGAACUGGACCAGCUCUUGCUCUCUGACAUGGAUGCCUCGGUCUUCUCCACCAUUUUGGAGGACUUGGGUGGCCUGGAGGGCUUUGGGGGCCCCGUGCAUCCCUCCGUUCCCCAGCCUGCGGGGGGCCAGGACUGCAUGCUCAGCCCAGAGCCUGAGCGGACUCCCCCUGCAUGCCCCUCCGAGCCCCUGGAUCUCUUGGGCCCGGGAUGCUUCCUGCUGGAGGAAGACGCCUUCGAGGACAUCGACGCCUCUAUGUACAACUGUGACCUGUGGUCACCCACCGCCCUUCCCAACCUCAAGGAGGUCUUCUCCAGCCUGGAGGCAGAGCUUCCAGUGGUGGCUGAACUGGAUCAUCUGGUGGACACACUGAUGGAGGCGCAGGAGCUGUGACGGGGCGGGGGGGCUGCCGGAGAGUCGAUGGGGCUAAUCUUGGGUGGGACAAGCACAUGCACCCCUGGCAGGGUGCCCCUCCCAUGGACGGGGAAUGUGCAGACGGAGGCUGGUGGCGCCACACUCGGCGCUGCCCGCAAUGGAGCAGCCGCUGCCUCUCUCACGGGUGUGUCGCCCUUGGCCAGAGGCGGCUGGCCGGCCUGCCUGCCUGCCUGCCUGCCUGCACCGGUCGCCGAGGAGCUGGGCAGGCGGAAGGCUUGCCCCAUCCUGCUGGCAGGAUCCUGUGGGCAGCUGGUUUGCCCCCAUGUAUACGGAGCGCUGGGCUAGGCGGACCCUCGCUCUGAUCCAGCAGGGCUUUUCCUGUGCCCUUAGCAGUCCGUCUGUCCUCUUGGAAGGGGAUUUCCCAGCUUUCUUGGGGAGGCGAUCCCGUGGGACAGGACAGUGGCCACCUUCGUGUCCCUGCUACGAAACAGGAUGUGGGGGAUGCCGGGCUAAAUGGGUGACCUGAGAGGGCAGAACCAGGCGAUGGCUUUGUAGGGGAAAGGCUCUUCCGGGACAAAGAGUCUCUUCCAGCUGGAGGCUUCCCCUGCAUGGUCAAUGGAUGUGUCUGUGUUGAGUUUCUUUGCUCGUUUCUCCGAAGCCUCACCCGAGUGUCAGUCACUGCAAAGCGUCUUCUUCGGGCGAGCGUCCACCCCGCCUCCCGGCCUUCCCCACAGCGCAGCAGGCCUGUGUCCUCUGCAGCCCGGCGGAGGCAAGGAAGGAGGGGCAGGUGUGCUUGUGCAAGUGCCGGGGGGGG